GUCAAUGAAGGCACUAGCUUGAUCUGCAAGGCUUCCCACGGAGGGUCCAGGAACACCAGUGUAUCCAGAGGAAGAGGAGGCAAGACGCCAUGUGGUGAAAGGCACAAGACCGAAGCCAGUGCAGGAGGAUCUGGAGGAGAUACAUACGUCCAACUUGUCUGCAGCCUGACUGAAGAGAUCACCAUGGCCAACUUGAGGUGUGCUCUCCGGAUAGCCUCCUCUUUCCAGACUCCAUCAUCUGGGCAUGCCAUCCGAUUUUUCAGCAGUGGCACAGGCCAAACAACAGAAAAGAACGUUCCCUAUGAGAAGACACUGAAGGAAGGGACUUCGCCAGCAGGACAAGGUCCUACCAAGCCACUUCCGGCAUCAGCAGACGUGGUGGUGGUUGGUGGAGGUAGCCUUGGGUGCCAAACUGUCUACCAUCUUGCCAAGAUGGGCGUGACCAAUGUCGUUUUGCUUGAGAGGGACCGCUUGACUUCAGGGACCACCUGGCAUACAGCAGGCCUUUUGUGGCAGUUGCGUCCAAGCGAUGUGGAAGUGGAGCUUUUGGCUCACACGCGCAAUGUGGUGAGCCAGGACUUGGAGCAAGAGACUGGGCUCCACACGGGAUGGAUCCAAAAUGGUGGCCUCUUCAUUGCUUCCAACAAGCAAAGACUGGAUGAAUACAAGCGACUCAUGUCUCUGGGUAAAGUUUAUGGAAUCGAGUCGUACGUCUUGUCUCCAGCGGAAACAAAGGACUUGUAUCCCUUGAUGAAUGUGGAUGAUCUCUAUGGCACCCUCUAUGUGCCCAAGGAUGGCACCAUGGAUCCUGCUGGGACAUGCACAACCCUUGCCCGGGCAGCCAGUGCCCGAGGAGCUCUGGUGAUUGAAAACUGCCCUGUAACAGGCAUUGAGGUGAAGACGGAUGACCUGGGAGUCCGAAGGGUGGCAGCAGUGGUGACAAAUGCUGGGACUGUCCAGACGCCUUGUGUGGUCAACUGCGCAGGGGUUUGGUCCCAGGCCCUGGGAAAGAUGGCAGGUGUCAACGUCCCCCUCAUAGCGAUGCAUCAUGCCUAUGUGGUGACAGAGAGGAUAGAAGGAAUUCAGAACAUGCCGAAUGUUCGAGAUCAUGAUGCCUCGGUGUAUCUGCGUCUCCAAGGAGAUGCCCUUUCUGUGGGCGGGUAUGAGUCAAAUCCAAUCUUCUGGGAAGAGGUGCAGGACAAGUUUGCCUUUGGUCUCUUUGACCUGGACUGGGAUGUGUUUACACAGCACAUUGAAGGUGCCAUCAAUCGUGUCCCAGUACUGGAGAAAACUGGGAUUAAAUCCACAGUCUGUGGCCCAGAAUCAUUUACUGCUGACCACAAACCUCUCAUGGGAGAAGCACCGGAGCUCCGAGGCUUUUUCCUCGGCUGUGGUUUCAACAGUGCAGGCAUGAUGCUUGGAGGUGGCUGUGGGAAGGAGCUGGCACACUGGAUCAUCCAUGGGCAUCCCGAGAAGGACAUGUACAGCUACGACAUACAGAGGUUUCACCACUCUCUCACUGGCAACAACCGCUGGAUCCGGGAGCGGAGCCAUGAGUCGUAUGCAAAAAACUACUCCAUCGUCUUUCCCUACGAUGAGCCUUUGGCCGGACGCAACAUGAGGAAGGAUCCCCUCUAUGAGGAGCUUCUGCAACAGGGCUGCGUCUUUCAGGAGAGACAUGGAUGGGAGAGGCCUGGUUGGUUUAAUCCACAAGGAGAAGCACCGACUUUGGAUUAUGACUAUUACGGUGCAUAUGGCCAAAAAGCCCAUGAAGAUUACCUCUAUAACAAGUUGCUUUCGGAUGAGUACACGUUUGAUUUUCCACCUCACCACAAGAUUAUCAGGAACGAGUGCUUAACCUGCAGAAAUGCUCUGGCCGUGUUCGACAUGUCUUACUUUGGCAAAUUUUACCUUGUUGGUCCAGAAGCCCAGAAAGCAGCUGACUGGCUGUUUACGGCCGACGUUCGGAAGCCACCAGGGACAACCAUUUACACAUGCAUGCUAAAUAAGCGCGGAGGAGUUGAGAGCGACCUGACCGUCAGCCCAAUAAACCCUGGCACCCAGGACUCAGCACUGGCUCCAGCGUUUGAAGGGGAUGGCUACUACCUCGCUGUUGGAGGAGCUGUGGCACAACACAACUGGUCACACAUCAUGACAGUUCUUCAGGACAAGAAGUUCCAGUGCCAACUGAUUGACCAUUCAGAAGCGCUUGGGAUGAUCAGCAUCCAAGGACCAGCCAGCCGCGAAGUCCUGCAGGAGGUUCUAGACACGGAUCUCAGUGACAAGGCUUUCCCUUUCUCCACACACAAGCUGGUGAAGAUAGCUGGUUGCACGGUCCGUGCCAUGAGGUUGUCAUUUGUGGGAGAGAUGGGAUGGGAGCUCCACGUCCCCAAAGAGCACUGCGUGAGGGUCUACCGUUUGGUCAUGAAAGCUGGUGCCAAGCACGGUAUCAUGAACGCAGGCUACAGAGCCAUCGAUUCACUCAGCAUUGAGAAAGGUUACAGACACUGGCAUGCAGACCUCCGGCCUGAUGACAGUCCCCUUGAGGCAGGCCUGGCCUUCACAUGCAAGCUGAAGUCGGAAAUCCCUUUCCUUGGGCGGGAAGCUGUAGAAGCCCAGAAAGCAGCCGGAAUAUCCCGCCGUCUCGUCUGUUUCACCAUAGAUGAAAAGGUGCCCAUGUUUGGGUUGGAAGCCAUCUGGAGAAACAACAAAGUUGUCGGGCAUAUCCGCAGGGCAGACUUUGGGCAUGCUAUCAACAAAACAAUCGCCUAUGGCUACAUCCAGGAUCCUGAUGGAGGGCCGGCCACCCUUGAUUUUGUGAAAAGCGGCAAAUACAUGUUGGAAAGGAUGGGAGUUGCCUACCAAGCGAAAGCUCACACAAAAUCCCCCUUCGAUCCAGAGAACAAGAGGGUUAAAGGGAUCUAUUAAGACUGGUGGAUCUCAAGGAGACAGGAAGGAUCAACUGAAAGGUGGAGACGGGAAGAAGGAAAGCGUGAAGCAAUACUGCACAAUGCCAAAGAUCCUGGCCAAGAUCAUACAUCAGUGUUGAGUACUAUCAGUCUCCACACACAGAGUUACACAGCUCUUGUGUUGAAUGACAGUGUUGCACAAUAGAACCAAGGCACCAUAUAUGGAACCGAAUGCAACCAGUUGCACAUGGACAUCCAUGCACAAAGAACCCGAUGUACAACUCCACUUUCCCAACCUUGAACUGAAUGCAGACAUUGCUCAUCAAACAAAAGUUUCCAAGCACUUCCGCAAGAGAAUAUAUCCAUGCAUAAGACACUGACAGGAUCCUGAUGUUUGCUUCCAAGAAUAUAAGAGCCUUGAGGCCAAAUCAGAACAUGGGACUCUUGCCUCAGUCCUAUUUCCAGCAGUGAUAAGUUUGGGAAACCUUGGAUGGAAGUGGAGAUAAUGGCUCUCCAUUUGCUGUUUAACUCACUCGUCCAACGCUGCUCCUGCGCAUGGAGGUUUUGUUGAGUCUCCUUGCCUUGUUGGCCAUGGUGCUGAGAGCCUGGCAUAAAUUGUACCUUGGUCAGAUUUCUUUUUCUGCUUCCCUGUCCCCACCACCAGCACAUCUUGAAGCAAUGAUUGCAAGAAAAAAGAAAAAUUUGAGCACAUUAAUGGUAUAAUUUAACUCGAUUUAGUCAAUGAUAAUAAAGGCAAGACUUCCAAUGAA